AAAUCUCGAAGUUUUAAUAAAUAUGGCUAAUGAAUUAUCAUCAACAAAUACAAUGAUGAAUAUCGCUCAUCAACAUUCGAAUUCAACAACCGAUAAAGUUAAAGUAGCCGUUCGUAUACGUCCAUUUAGUCGUCGAGAAAUCGAAUUGGAAACAAAAUGUGUGGUCGAAGUUAAAGGUGAUCAAACAAUAUUGCAUUAUUCGGCCCCACCAUCACAACAAUUGACAACAACUAUAACGACACCAGUGGUAUCAUCGGUGGUGGCUAAAGGAACACAAUCCGGAUCACCACAACCACAACAACAACAACAACAGCCUCAACAAAAUUCAACAUUAAGACCACCGAAAAUUUUUACAUUUGAUCAUUGUUUUUGGUCGUUCAAUAAAUCCGAUCCACAUUAUGCAAGUCAAGAAGAUGUUUUUCAAAAUUUAGGCCAUUCCAUUUUGGAUUCAGCAUUUCAAGGAUAUAAUGCAUGUAUUUUUGCUUACGGUCAAACUGGUUCGGGAAAAUCCUAUACAAUGAUGGGAUCAUCACUGGAAAAAGGUCUUAUACCAAGAUUAUGUGAUUCAAUAUUUGAACGUAUUCAAAAUCUAACCAAAGAAGAUUCAAAUUCAAAUUUUAAAUUAGAAGUAUCUUAUAUGGAAAUUUAUAAUGAAAAAGUUCAUGAUCUUUUAGAUCCUGUUGGAUCAAGACAUUCGUUAAAAGUUCGUGAACAUAAUAUUCUUGGACCGUAUGUUGAUGGUUUAUCAACUUUAGCUGUUUCUUCAUUCGAUGAGAUUAAUAGUUUGAUGGCUGAAGGAAAUAAAUCCCGUACGGUUGCAUCGACCAAUAUGAAUUCUGAAUCAUCUAGAUCGCAUGCAGUAUUUACAUUAACCCUAACUUGUUCAAUUUAUGAUCCGGUUGCAAAUGUUGUAGGUGAACGUGUAUCAAAAAUGAGUCUAGUCGAUUUGGCUGGUAGUGAACGAGCAAUUAAAACUGGUGCUGUUGGUGAACGUUUAAAAGAAGGUUCCAAUAUUAAUAAAUCAUUAACAACACUUGGUCUUGUGAUAUCUAAACUUGCCGAUCAAGCUAGUGGUCGUAAUCGUAAAGAACAAUUUGUACCAUAUAGAGAUUCAGUUCUUACUUGGUUAUUAAAAGAUAAUUUAGGUGGUAAUUCAAAAACGAUUAUGAUUUCGACCAUUAGUCCGGCUGCAGAUAGUUAUGAAGAAACAUUAUCUACAUUACGUUAUGCUGAUCGAGCUAAACGUAUUGUUAAUCAUGCAAUAAUCAAUGAAGAUCCAAAUAAUCGUAUUAUUCGUGAACUUCGUCAAGAAGUUGAACAAUUACGUGAACAAUUGAUUCAUGCUACUGUUAACACUGACCUUCAAGAACGUUUAGCCGAAUCAGAAAAAUUAAUCCGUGAAAUGGAACAAACUUGGGAAGAUAAAUUACGUAGAACAGAAAAAAUUCAUCAAGAAAGACAACAAGCAUUAGAAAAAAUGGGUAUUUCUGUUCAAAGUUCAGGUAUUGCUGUGGAAAAAGAUCGUUAUUAUUUAGUCAAUUUGAAUGCUGAUCCAUCAAUGAAUGCUUUAUUAGUAUAUUAUCUUAAGGAAAAAACAUUAAUCGGUAGGCCUGAUGCACCGGUCGAACAAGAUAUUCAACUUUCAGGUGUUGGUAUAAGGCCUGAACAUGCAGUGAUUGAAAUCGAUAAAUCCAGAAAUCAAUUAUGGAUGGAAUCAAUAAAUGAUUCUCGAACAUUUGUCAAUGGAGUUCGUGUAAAUGAACGUGUACGUCUUCGAAAUGGUGAUCGAAUAUUAUGGGGAAAUAAUCAUUUUUUUAGUUUGAAUUGUCCGGCUACAUCUGAUCAAUCAUCAUCAUCAUCAAUGAAUACAUCUAAAAUUGAAAAUAAAUAUUUUGAUUAUAAUUAUGCUCGUGAUGAAAUGCUUACCUGUAAUGAUCCAGAUUUGAAAGCAAUGUUUGCAAUGCAAAAUGAUCCAAGACAAUUAUCAUUGAUGUCAAAAUCCGGUGGUGGUAGUGUUGGCAAUUCUUUUUCUGGUAGUUCACCAUUUCUUUCAAAUUCAAGUAUGACAAAAUCUAACAGUAGUUAUGGUGUAAUGAGUAAUUCAUCAUUAAAUCUAACACCGAAUCAAAUGCAUCAUUCACAACGAUUGUUGGAAAAAUUAGCUUUAGAACGAGAGGAAAAUUUUCGUAUCUAUCUAUCGAAACUAAAAGAAGAAAUAGCAAAAGCUAAUACAUUAGCUUAUGAAGCUAAUUUGAUUGCUGAAGAAAUGCAAAAAAAUACUGAAUUCAAAGUUACAUUACAGAUACCACCAGCUAAUCUAAAUCCUAGCCGUUUAAAACGUGGUGUAUUUGUUUCCGAACCAGCUAUUUUGGUUAAAAGAAAAAAUUUUCCAUCACAAAUAUGGUCAAUGGAAAAAUUUGAUUCAAAUUUAAUCGAAAUGCGUGAACAUUAUAACGAAUGGAAAGAAAGACAAAAUUCUAAACUAAAAACACAAACAUCAAUCGAUAGUAAUAAAUCUUUUGUAAAUAAUUGUAAUGAUUCUUCACCAUCAUCUCCAACUUGUAUACAACCACGAAAUGAUCCAUUUUAUGAAUCACAAGAACGACAUUUACUUAUUGGUGUUGCCAAUAUUUUUCUUCAAGUACUAAUGCAAGAUGUUCAACUGGAUUAUCAAGUACCGAUCAUUUCACAACAAGGUGAAAUGGUAGGUCGUUUACAUAUUGAAUUUGGUCGAAUUGAAGGAAAUUUUGGUGAACGUAUUGCCGAUGCAGCUUUUUCCGAUGAUGAUUCCGCAUCAAAUGAUAUUGAAUCAGUGGAUAAUAAUAAUAUGAAUAAUUCGGUAAUUAUUGUUGAUUCGGAAAAACCAGAGACAAUAGGACCAAAUCAAAUUAAAGUACGACUACAAAUAAAAUCAGCUUCAGGUCUUCCAUCCGAAUUAUCAAAUUUUGUUUUUUGUCAAUAUACUGUCUGUGGUUUGACAGAUAUGAUUGUUCUCACACCAUCCGAUACAACAGAUUUUCAUCGAUUAGAUUUUAAUUCAUCUUCACAACAACAACAACAAAUUAGUUUCGAUCAUGAACGUGAAUUUAUUAUCACAUUAACGGAAGAAUUUCGUGAACUUUGUACUGAUGGUGCUUUAUCCAUUGAAGUUUGGGGUCAUAGAAUAUCAGCAAAUCCAAUACUAAUAAAAAAUGAAUCCGAAGAACAAAUUUUCAAAAUUUCACGCACUUUAAUGGACCGUUGGUUAGAAUUGAAAAGAAAGCUAGAACUUUGGAUAGAAAUUCAUGAAUUAAAUGAUCAAGGAACAUAUACACCAGUAGAAAUUCAACAUCAACCAGAAUUUUUGACCGGUGGAAUUUAUCAAUUACGUCAAGGUCAACAACGUCGAAUAUUAGUUCGAAUAGAAAAUGUGCCAAAUUCUGGAACUUUACCACUCAUAUUUCAUUCGAUACGAUUUAUUCAAGUUGGUUGUGUUUGUGUUCGGUCUAAAGUUCAAAAACCAUUAGACAGUUAUCAAGAAGGUGAUUUAACAGUGUUAAAUGAAAAAUGGUCAGCAAUUUUACAAAAACGUCAAGCAUAUCUACAAGAUCAAAUUAAUAAAUUGAUGAAUAAAAAUACAAACAAAACACAAGAAGAUAUUGAACGUGAACAUAGAUUAAUGAAUCAAUGGGUAACUCUUGUUGAAGAGAGAAAGGUUGCUAAAUGUCCAACACCAGGUUCGGAAAUACCUGGAGCUCCUGAUGAUAGUUGGGAACCACCUGUCGGUAUGGAAAAUCAUAUACCAGUUAUUUUUCUUGAUCUCAAUACAGAUGAAAUGAACUUUUCCGAUUCUAAAAAUGACGUAGCUGGAGCAAAUUCAAUUUUACCCAAAGAAUACAAUGGUACUCCUUUUUUAAAUCUAAAUAUUGUUUCAAAUCAAGCAAAUAUGGAUGGUGUACAAGCUGUUGCUUCAUGGGAUUCAUCAGUACAUGAAUCGUCAUAUUUGAAUCGUAUAACAUCUCCUAAUGAACGAAUAUUUUUGAUAGUAAAAGUAUGUAUUGCAAUAACACAUCCAGCGAAUAUGAAUUUGAUUCUACGAAAACGUAUUGCUAUCAAUGUUUAUAAGAAACAAGGACUUGUUUCAUCAACUAAAAACAUUUUCAAACGUAUUUCUCGAGCUGAUUUGGCUCCUGUUGCAACGGGAAUUACUUAUGAAAUUGUUUCAUCCAUACCAAAAGCUAGUGAAGAUAUUGAAGAUCGUGAAUCAUUAGCAUUAUUAGCUGCUUCAGAUGUUGAUCUAACUGCAUGUGAUGGUGAAAGUUAUAUUGAACGUUAUACCAAAAGUGUAUCAGCAUUAGAAUCGAUACUUACAUUGGAUCGAUUACGGCAAGAAGUUGCUGUUCGUGAACGAAUUGCUAAAAAAGCUAAACGAGCACUUCAACUUCUUUAUCCAACGGAUAAUAAUAAUUUUUAUAAUAAUUCCGAAAAUUCUGAAUUAAGAAAAACAUUAUCUGUACCAAACAUGGCACAAUUUGUUGGACAAUAUCGACAACAUCCGACUACACCAUAUCAAACAAACAAUUUGGCAAUUAAUGGUAAUAAUUAUCGAAAAUCAGAUGAUGAUUAUGACAGACCUUCGGAAGAAGAACGAGCUGAUUCUUCUUUUGAUUUAUCAUAUCUAACAACGGCUGCUGGACGAUUACGACAAAAAGCUAGCUCAUUGUUUGGAAGUAUGACCGGAUUGAAUCAAAUCUAUGUCACCGAUAUUGAUAUUGGAGAGCCGGAACAACAAAACAAAUCAAUAAAACUUGAAUUAUAUCCAUCACAAUUAAACACUUUCAAUCAGAAUAAACCACUUCGAAAAUCGAUGGUAACAGUUGUUGAAGAGCAGCCAAUUUCUGUUGACAAAUCAAAACAUCAUCAAACUGUUGUCGAUCCAAAUGAUGAAGAAGAUGGACAAUGUUUUAUAGUAUUUGAUCGUUCUACUGUCAAGGAUAAAUUUUCGAAAAAAACGCGACCAGAAACUUUAAAUAUUGUCAUCCAAAAUGUUGAUGAUGAUGAUGAUGACGAUGACAUACGAUCAUAUACCGAUACAUCAACCUAUUAUAAUUUAUCUUCCAGUGAAUCGAAUAGUCAAAUAAGUAAUGCUCGAAUAAACAGUACUGGAACUCCAAUUUCCAAUGAAUCAGUAUCGAUACCAUCAUCAUUAUCAAUGCAAUCAUCCAGUAAUGGUAGCGGUGAUGAAGAUGAUGAAUUUAAAAAAACUAAUUAUCCGAAAAUAAAUCUACCCGAAUGGAUGCAAAUUGGUGAAAGUGUACGAGUAUGUCCUGAUUCUAAAUUGGGAACAAUUGGUUAUAUUGGCCAGACAGAAUUUGCUCCCGGCAUUUGGAUUGGUAUUAUAUUGGAUACUCCAAUUGGUAAAAAUGAUGGAUCAGUUAAUGGUGUUCAUUAUUUUCAAUGUAAACCUAAUUUUGGAAUAUUUGUAAAGCCGGAAAAAUUACGAUUAGAUACAAAAGGAAAACAUAUGCGUUCUAUUUUAAAUGAAAAAAUGAAUGGACGUCGAUAAUUUUAUGAAUAAUUUACAGAAUACAGAAUCAUAAUUUAUUCAAUGA